GCGCAGGGCAUGCCGGGAGUCUUGGUGUAACGUUGGCAGCAGCAGGUGAAGCGGAAUAGAGAACGCGGCGAGAGGAGCAAGUGAAGGGAUUCCUGCUGUCUCCAGAAUCCUGCUCUGCCCUGAUAAGGGCAGGCUUUUCCGUGAGAGCUGUAGAAGAUACUUUUUGGCAGGUUCCAGUCUUUUUCAUCCAUGGUUGUUCUGCAGAUAGUGUGAUUUUGGUGUUCUCGUGAGAGGAGGAUUUCAGUUUGUUGAAAUGAGCAGUCGUAAAUCAAAGAGUAACAACUUAAUACAAGCAGAAUACCUUUCACAGGCACAAAGAAUUUUACGGGAAAGAUUUUGUCAUCAGAGUCCACAUAGUAACCUAUUUGGAGUACAAGUACAAUAUAAACACUUAAUUGAACUGCUAAAAAGAACUGCUAUUCAUGGAGAAAGUAAUUCUGUUCUCAUUAUUGGACCCCGAGGAUCAGGAAAGACCAUGUUAAUAAACCAUGCUUUGAAAGAACUAAUGGAAGUAGAAGAAGUGAGUGAAAAUGUAUUACAAGUUCACUUAAAUGGACUGCUGCAGAUCAAUGAUAAAAUUGCCUUAAAGGAAAUCACAAGGCAGUUAAAUCUGGAAAAUGUAGUUGGAGAUAAAGUUUUUGGAAGCUUUGCCGAAAACCUUUCAUUUCUUCUGGAAGCUUUAAAAAAAGGUGACCGGACUAGUAGUUGCCCAGUGAUCUUCAUAUUAGAUGAAUUUGAUCUUUUUGCUCAUCAUAAAAACCAAACACUCCUCUAUAAUCUUUUUGACAUUUCUCAGUCUGCACAGACUCCGGUAGCAGUUAUUGGUCUUACAUGUAGAUUGGAUAUUUUGGAACUCUUAGAAAAGAGAGUGAAGUCACGAUUUUCCCACCGGCAGAUACACUUAAUGAAUUCAUUUGGUUUUCCACAGUAUCUUAAAAUAUUUAAAGAACAAUUAUCUCUACCUGCAGUAUUUCCAGGCAAGAUUUUUGCUGAGAAGUGGAAUGAAAAUGUUCAGAGUCUCUCAGAAGAUAGGAAUGUGCGAGACGUGCUGCAGAAGCAUUUCAAUGUCAGCAAAAGCCUGCGGUCAUUACACACGCUACUGAUGCUUGCUUUAAAUCGUGUAACACCAUCACACCCAUUUAUGACUGCAGCAGAUCUGAUGGAGGCAAACCAGCUGUGUAGCAUGGACUCUAAAGCAAAUAUUGUACAUGGUCUGUCAGUCUUGGAAAUCUGUCUUAUCAUAGCAAUGAAACAUUUAAAUGACAUCUAUGAAGAGGAACCCUUUAAUUUUCAAAUGGUUUAUAAUGAGUUUCAGAAGUUUGUUCAAAGGAAGGCCCAUUCUGUUUAUAAUUUUGAGAAACCUGUUGUCAUGAAGGCCUUUGAACAUUUACAACAAUUAGAAUUAAUAAGGCCCAUGGAAAGAACAUCAGUAAAUGCACAGAGGGAGUACCAGCUGAUGAAACUACUUUUGGAUAAUACGCAAAUUAUGAAUGCUUUGCAAAAAUACCCUAACUGUCCUACAGAUGUUAGGCAGUGGGCAACAUCCUCCCUAAGCUGGUUAUGAAUAUAACCAUGGCUUCAGUUGUGGAGUUUCAGGCAUACUUCUCUAAAGAAUGUUGUCCUUCAACAAGAUAUGUUAUUACAUUUUCUUAUAUUUAUAAAAAUGUAUUUUUGUAUUUAUGGGAGACUGUUACACAUGUAGCAUCAUGGCUGUGCCUUGCCUUUGAAUCACGGCACAUGAGCAGUUACAUGAUUUAUAAUUCCAGUAAUUUAGAUUAUGUUGUAGGUAGUUGUUCAAAAAAUAAAUAUGACUAUUUUAGGGA